AUGGCACUCACAACCAUAUUCCUCCCUGCCCUUACCCUCGCUCAAGAUGACGACGAGCCAACUUCUUCCCCAUCACAAUUUUCAGAACCAUUUCAAGAUCAAAUAACCGGUCUGCCUAUGGAGCGCUUCUUUGGUGCCCGUACAUCGUUCGGAUUCGCCUUUGCGCUCCCUGAAGUCCAAACUGCGCCGGCUGGCUCCUUUAUUGGCCAGCUUUCCUUUCCACUUGUCAAUGGAGAGGGUUGGGGCUCUUUUGGACUGACAGGCGACAUGGAGGGCAAUUUCAUUCUUGCCGUCUGGCCGGAUGGCAGUGGUGGCGUUAUGGCCUCAUUUCGGCAGGCUACCGACGAAGACAAUCCACCAGAAGUUGCAGGAGAUUUUCAAGUACGACCUCUUCCAGACGGAGUCUCUGUAAAUGCAACAUCCCUCACAUACACCUUCCUCUGCGAGAAUUGCCUGGACAGCACAUUUGGUCUCGGCACAGACGCAGCUUCAGGCGAUGCUGUCAUGGGCUGGGCCCUUUCAGAACAGCCACCACUGGGUGAUCCUUCAGACCCAGGGGCAAGAUUGGGGUUUCAUGAGCGUGGAUUUGGUCCAUUUACUGCGAGACUCGGGGCUGCAGCCACGGCGGAAUUCGAUGCGAUUGCUGCGACAGCACUGGAACCUGUUCCAGCGUCCGCUAAUGCAGUAGCGGCGGUAGCAGGAGCUUUUGGAGAGGGAAGUGGCGAUGAAGAUAGUGGAGAUGAGGAUAGUGGAGACGUUGGAGGAGAUGAAGACGAUGACGAUGGCGAUGGCGAUGAUGCUGGCGGAGGUGCUGUCGGCGGUGGUACUUCCGGCGGCGGUGCUGCUGGUGGUGGUGCUGCCGGUGGUGGAGGGGACGAUGGUGACGAUAGUGACAGUGAUGAUGACUAG